UCUUCUCUCGAGCUUAUCCUGAAGACAGUCUAGUAGAAAUAUCCUUAGCAUAAUGGACACGCCUACGCGCAAGCGCGUUUCCUAUUUUUAUGACCCGGACGUAGGAUGUUACUCAUACGGUCUCACUCAUCUCAUGAAGCCACAUCGAAUGCGUAUAACGCAUGAACUUGUCACGGCGUACGGAAUGUUACCCAAGAUGAACAUCCUCAGACCAAAACGCGCAACUCCCGUCCAAAUGACCGCAUUCCACACGGAUGAAUACGUUCAGUUCCUGCAUAAAGUGACACCAGAAACAGCAGAGAGUUUAACCCACAACAAUUCUAGGUUUCUGCUAUUGGAUGACAACCCAGCUUUUGAAGGCUUGUUUGAGUUCUGCUCCAUCUCGGCUGGAGGGAGUAUUGCCGCAGCCUCACAAAUAACCUCCAACUCCGCCGACAUCGCUAUAAACUGGUCCGGGGGCCUGCACCACGCCAAGAAACGCGAAGCCUCCGGUUUCUGCUACAUCAACGACAUCGUACUCUGCAUCCUCGAGCUCCUGCGCUCUUACCCUCGCGUGCUUUAUAUUGAUAUCGAUGUUCACCAUGGAGACGGCGUCGAGGAGGCGUUUUAUUCGAGCGAUAGGGUCAUGACGUGCAGUUUUCAUAAGUACGGGGAGUUCUUCCCUGGGACGGGGGCGUUGCAUGAUCGGGGAGAGGGGAGGGGGAAGGGUUAUGCUGUCAAUGUGCCGUUGAAUGAUGGGUGUGGCGACGAGACAUUUGGAAAUGUGUUCGAUACGGUGAUCGAUAGAAUCCUCGAACGCUUUCGCCCAGAGGCCAUCGUUCUCCAGUGUGGUUCAGACUCUCUCGCAGGCGACAAACUCGGCCCGUUCAACAUGACCCAUCUCGGUCACUCCCACUGCGUUCAAUUCAUCCGAUCCAAGAACAUUCCACUUAUUCUCGUCGGAGGAGGCGGAUAUACUGUGAAGAACGCGUCGAGGGCUUGGGCGUACGAGACGGCAUGUGCCUUGGGGACGGAGAAGGAUAUCGAUCCGGCGUUGCCAUGGAAUGAUUAUUUUGAGUGGUUUGGGCCGAGGUAUAGGCUUGAGGUGCUUCCUACGAAUGCGGUGGAUGAGAAUACGGAGAAGCACGUGGAAUAUGUUAUAGAAGAGAUAUUCAAUACCCUAGACGAACUGACUCCCGUGCCUUCGGUCGAGCUGCAAGACGUUCCAAGAGAAAGCGUCGACGAGCACCUUCGCCUAAAUUUCUCGAGCUCCAAGAAUGGCCCUCGCUCCUAUGGAGAUGAGUGGAGGCGGGAUAUGUACGGCACAGAAGCCAACGAUGAACUGGAUGACAGCCUCGCUCGCGAAACUUUGCGCGUUUACCAAGCACAACUCCCCAAACCACGCUCAGUCUCCCCCGAAUCCGACCACCCAAUGUCAGACCUCACAGAGUCCACGUCCUCCGACGACUCUCCGAACGCUAUCGCACGUCGACGGAAACGGCAUCAGCGUCAACGUGAGCGCGGACGUGCCAAAAAAUCCAAGAAACGGAUGAGCAUCGUCGCGAAUGCUUGGAAAGAAGUCAGUGUCAAAGAGCCGGUGAACCCUGUGGGGUGGUAUGAAGGAGCGGAUGUCGACGAGAAGGAGAGGGCGAGGGCGCCGAGGUAUUUUAGAUCUGAAGUGGGGUGGUAUAAGGAUCAGGGGAUGGUCCUGUCGUCGGAGAAGUGGAGGAAGACUUUAGAUGGAUCGUAUAUCCCGCAGGAAGACGAUGACGAUGAGGAGGAAGAAGGAGAUGAAGACGAUGAAGACGAGGAAGAAGAGGGGGGAGAGGAGGAUGAGGAAGAAGAGGAAGAGGGUGAAGUGGAUGAAGACCCGAUGCAGGAGGAUGAAGACGAGGAGGAAGGUGAGAUUGUGAAGAUGGAGGAGGACUGAACAAGAACAUAAUACUCUCCCGUGUUUUAAUGUCCAUCAUUUGCUGUAUUUCUCCACUGCUCUUGGGUUUUCGACUCGCAAUGCUUUGAUCUAUGUACUGGUUGUAAUUACCUUCGAUGUCUGCGAUUUAUGAUCC